CAACAUAACCUCAUUUCUUCGGUGAAAGUCUGACGUGUUGAGGAAGUUGGUUUCGUUUUUAAAAUUUUAAGUGAUUUUAAGGUAGAAAAUACUGAAAAUAGUCAAGUUAACGGUGCCUGAAAAUUGGUACGUGUUUAUCCUUGUGUUAAAUAAAAACAAAGGCAAUUUAAUAAUAAUAAAUUACCUUUUUUAAAGUGACAAAAUGAGUUACGGACAAUAUCAAUCAGGCCAAACACCGGGAGCUCCUUAUCCCCAGCAAAGUUAUCCCCCGCCAAGUGGGGGAGCACCAUAUCCCAACGCCGGCUAUCCUCCCAUAAAUCCUAACGCUUUCGGCCAUACAAGCAAUAUGCCUAUGUUUAUGCCACAACCGAUGCCACUGCCCACUUAUCCACCAAGCGCGCCUUCUGGCCACGGUACAUCAUAUCCACCUUCUUCAGGAGGGUAUCCAUCUAAUCCGAGCUCUUAUCCGGCGACGAAUCAGGGUUACCCUCCCGCACCUUCCGCUUAUCCUCCUGCACCCUCUUCUUAUCCUCAAGCUGCUUCUGCUUAUCCUCCGGCACCUUCUGCUUAUCCUCAAGCUCCUUCUGCGUAUCCUCAAGCACCUUCAGGUUAUCCCCCCGCACCUUCUGCUCAUCCUCCAACUGGAUAUCCUUCUGUUCCCUUAGCUCCUGGUGCUUCCCCUGGAGGAUCAUAUGGAAGAGGUGGUCAAUCUUCAGUGGGGUCAAGUGGUCCAUAUACUCGUAUUAAGAGAACACCCACUGUGGUUCCAGCCAGUCCUUUUGAUCCUAGGGCUGAUGCUGAAAUUUUACGUAAGGCUAUGAAAGGAUUUGGUACAGAUGAGAAAGCAAUUAUAAAUGUUUUGGCUCACAGACCAAACGCUCAAAGACUACAGAUUGCUGUUCAGUUUAAAACACUUUAUGGAAAGGAUCUAAUUAAAGAUUUAAAAUCUGAAACAACUGGAAACUUUGAAAAUCUACUUGUUGCUAUGAUGACACCACUUCCUGAAUAUUAUGCUAAACAAUUACAUGAUGCUAUGCAAGGCUUGGGAACAGAUGAAAAUGUGCUGAUUGAAGUUUUAUGUACCAAGUCAAAUCAAGAAAUUAUGGUCAUCAGACAAGCGUACCAAGCUUUGUAUUAUAGAACUUUAGAAGAGGAUUUAAAAGGAGACACCAGUGGUACCUUCAAAAGGCUAAUGGUAUCUUUGUGCAAUGCUUGUCGGGAUGAAAGUAUGGCUGUAGAUCAAAACUCUGCCAGAGCAGACGCACAAGCUUUGCUGAGAGCUGGGGAACUUCGACUGGGUACCGAUGAAAGUACUUUUAAUAUGGUUUUGUGCCAAAGAAAUUGGGCCCAGCUUCAACUAAUAUUUCAGGAAUAUUAUAACUUGACUGGGCAUGAUAUUGAAGAAGCAAUAAAAAAUGAAUUCUCUGGAAAUUCGGAGGAUGGCCUCCUUGCUGUUGUGCGAUCAAUCAAGAAUCAGCCCGCCUUUUUUGCAAAACUACUUAACAAAUCUAUGAAGGGGUUGGGUACAAAUGAUAAUGAUUUGAUUCGAUUGGUUGUGACUCGAUCUGAAAUUGAUAUGGUCGAAAUUAAGAGAGAAUACCAAUCUCAUUAUGGAGAAUCUCUAGCUGAAGCUAUUAAAGGUGACUGUUCUGGUGAUUACAAGAAAUGUCUUUUACACCUUAUUGGGGAAGCUUAAACUACAUUUUUGUAUCUUAUUAUAUAUUUCUUACACAAAAAUCACAACACAUUAUAAAAGAAUUUAAUUUUAGCAUUGUUUCUGAUGUUAUCUCAAAUUUUAAAUUGUAUCGCUUAUUGUUCGUUAAAUCAAUAUAGCUUUUGCAUUUUCUGUAAUUUAAUCUCA